AUGUCGUAUAAAACUAUUGCUGCGGCCAUCUGCGGCCUGGCGCCCAUCGUCUCAGGCGCACUCCACAACACUGUCAUCGAAACUAAAAAUGGAGGCGUCCAGGGCUACCCUGCCUUCAACAGCUCUAACACCGGCAACCUGACUCACUGGAAAGAUAUCACCGUCUGGAAAGGUAUUCCAUUCGCGGCAACAACUGGAGGCCAGAAUCGCUGGAAGGCCCCCCAGCCUGUGAGCGCAUGGAAUGGAACUUUGGAUGCCAAGAGCUUCGGAAGCGUCUGCCCUUCAGCAACAGAUGGUAACAAUGACUACACCAUCGAUGAGGAUUGUUUGAAUCUCAAUGUUUGGAGUCCUGCGAAUUCCACCGAUGCUAAGCUUCCGGUCGUGAUGUGGAGUUACCCGGCUCUCUCGACAGCGGCGGACGCUCUGUUUGAUGGUGGUGGUAUGGCGGACCAGGGUAUUGUCUUUGUCAACUACAACUACCGAACUGGAUCCUUUGGAUGGCUCGCGACCCCAGAGUUGACAGAGGAAUUCGACAAUGGACAUAACAGCUCUGGAAACUGGGGCAUGCUUGACCAAUUUGCUGCUGUCAAGUGGAUCAAGGCCAACAUUGCCCAGUUCGGUGGUGACCCUGACCACAUCACUGUGAUGGGUCAAUCUGCUGGGUCUGCUGCAACUCAGCACAUCUUGAACAGCCCUCUGACCAAGGGUUUGAUUGUUGGUGCCAUCGUCGAGAGUGGUGUGAGGGAUCCCCAAGAUCCUUUGUGUACUAGCCUUGCGGAGGCCUACACAACUCUUGAUUCUUCCUACUCUACAGGAACCUCCUAUUUGAAGAGUCUCAAUGUUUCCACCAUUGCCGAAGCCCGGGAACUGCCCAUGGAAAGCCUGGUUACCAACUUCAUGUCUUCGAACUUCAACUUCCAGGCUACGCUUGAUUACUACGCUAUCCCCGACACCUACUAUAAUACUUUGGUCAAGAAGUUGGCCCACGAUGUCCCCGUGAUCACCGGAAACACUAAGGACGAAAGCGGUGCCACGUAUGGCUUGGAUAUCAGCGUGUCGGAGUAUCUCACCGACCUGAACGAAACAUACAGUGGUGUCUGGCCUCAGCGCUUCCUCGAUCAAUACCCGGCACACGAUAACACCACCGCUUCAGGCGCAUACAACUCUCAGUUCACCGACCGCUCCAAGGUUGGAACAUGGUUCUGGUCUCAGCUGUGGAACAAGGCUUACAGCAGCCCGAUCUACAACUACAUUUGGGACCACGCCCCUCCUGGUCAGGAUCAGGGUGCUUAUCACGAAUCUGAGAUCAACUAUGUUCUGAACAAUCUUUACGGCACUGACAAGCCUUGGACUGCGGAGGACUACAUCAUUGCUAAGAAGAUGAACGGCUAUUGGGCCAACUUUAUCAAGACCGGAAAUCCUAACGGUCGCGGUUUGACUGCUUGGCCGGCCGCAAACUCGUCCGCGCUCGUUCAACGUCUUGGAGAUGGAUGGGGUCAGAUCCCGGCUGCAUCGAGCAAGAAGGUUGCUCUGUUUAAGUCGUGGUUCAGUACUUUACACAAGUACUAG